AUGCUUGCAUCCGCAAAGUCGUUUUUGUCCAAUGCUGCGAACAGCACUUUCGAGUACGCGAAAGAAAAACCACUAGCUGCAACAGCCUUUGGAACUGCUGGCAUCAUGGUAGCUGCUCCAGCCGUAGUCGUCGCUCCUGCUCUUGCAGCUGCUGGAUUUGGUGCGAAUGGAAUAGCUGCAGGAAUCGGCAACGUCGUAGCCCAUAGCGGUUUUGCAGUUCUUCAAAGCUAUGGAAUGGCUGGAUACGGAGUACCUCUUGUCCAUGGAGUUGUUCAAGCAGCUGGCGCAGCGAUUGGUGUUGGGUCUGCUAUCUCUGAAGCGAAAGCGGAUGACAAGCGUGAAGAGAAGAAGUCUUUCCUUGGACGAUGGCUGUAA